CACUCAUCAAUCGCAAAGACUCAGUGAUCAGCUUGACAUUAUUUCGGCUAAGGAUGACUGGGACACCGCAUGGCGCAGUGUUUGACUGUGUAUUCCCCGUCUUUCUAGGCAGCAGGCAGUAUUAGUGACCUUCGUAUCAUCCAUCAUGGCUACAUGUUAAGUAGAGCAUAUCGAGUAUCAGCCUUCAUAUCGACUUUCCUUGACCACAGACAAUCUGAAUACCACCAGCCAACGGUUCUUUCCCUACUCUCUCACUAUGGACAAACCUUUGGCCGAUACAUCUCACGCUCCUACACGAAACAAGCUCUCCAGGACCGCUGUGGUGAUAAAGGUUUGCCUAUCCCCAACACACAUAAUAGUCAGCCUGGAUGACGCGACUAUUCGCGUGUUCUCUGCUACAGGCGAACCAAGAGGGGUCUUGCAAGGUCAUGACAAAAAUACUUGGUCAUUGGCCUUGCAAGAUGACAUGCUGCUCAGUGGUGAGAUUGGAGGAGACAUCAGGUGUUGGGAUUUGGAUACCGGGUGCGUGUGAAGUCCGUGACACCUUGUGCUCAACUUACUGGGCUUCGUUUGAUCACAGGCGGCUUGAAAGGAGCAUGACUGGGCACACGAAGACAGUACGCUGCCUCGGUUUCGUUGACUCCGGAACUGCGAUCUCUGCAUCCAGUGACACGACCUUAAAGAUAUGGGACCUUGGAUCUGGUGCCUGCAAAACCACAUUUUCCGGUCAUACGUCCACUAUCAGAGCUCUGGUGUUUACAGAAGAACUUGCAAUUUCUGGGGACGGGGACGGCACAUGCCUCGUUUGGAGUCUCCCUCAGCAUCGCCGACUUGCAACUCUGACGGGACAUUCUGCAGCAAUAUGCUCCAUAGCCUUCGACGGCCAACGAAUAUUCACAGGCAGUGCAGAUCAAGAUGUGCGUGUAUGGGAUACGACUACAGAGACAUGUGUGUUCGUUAUGAAAGGGCACACCUCACUGGUUACUCAUGUCCAGAUUCAUGACAACCUGCUCGUGACUUCUGGUGCUGACGGAAGGAUUGUGGUUUGGUCAAGGGAAGACUACGGUUUGCUGCACAUCAUCCAUCAAGCGCAUGAAUUCGGUGUUGUUUCAUUGGAAGCGGAAAACGGGUACGUCCUCAGUGGGAGUAGUGACGGUACAGUUAAGCUUUGGCACUUGGAAAGUGCGACAUUGGUUGGAGCUGUGGGAAAGAAAGCAGAAGCGGUAUGGAUGGCAGGCUUUGGGAAAGGACAGCAUGAGAAUAUUGUCGUUGCGCUGAAGGAAGAUGAUGCAUUCCUCGAUGUAUGGCCGUUUUCACCCUAGUGCCACAGUUGAAGAUCUUGUAUGCGUUUGAUGGGCUGCUUAGCUUCUUUGUAUGUGGAAAGAUAAUGCCGUGCUAUCAUCCUAAGUCAUGGUUUCCUGGCAUAUGAAGGCCAAAACAGGUGGGUGGAGGAUAUACGUAUUAUGUCAGAGACUAUGGAAAUCCAAU